AUGGCUUUUAAGAGUGGGUCGUUCGCGACCUUCCUCAUUGUUGGCCCAACAUGCUUCUUCCUUGGAAUUGUCUUCUCUCUGUUCCCUUACGACUACCCGUUGCUCUGGGCUGCCGAGCCCACUCCCCCAUCGCACUAUGACUACCUUGAAGCCCACCUGCGCUUUCUCCAUGCCUCGCCGCCUCUGAUCCCUCGCAUUCUGCACAUCGUCAUUUUCGUGGGAAUUGCCGCUAUGCUUGCGAAGCUGUACAAGCCCUCCGAGUCCAACAUGCUUUUCGAUGGUGCCAGUCUGGUUCUUUACAUGUGCGGAAUCACCGUCUACGUUGCCAACAUCGUCAAAGGCCUCCGGCUCGUCAGUGGUGGCGUAUAUGGUGCGGAGCUGGGUGAAACCGAGGACGACUCGGAGCAGGUUCUCGGCCGUGAGGACAGUCUCAAAGUAUUGGCUGCGAGCAAUACUAUUCUUGCUUUGAUCCUGGUCGGUGUCCUGAUCCUUCAAGCUGGUCAGUGGUAUGCGGAGAGGAAGGAUGAGCAAGAGUACGAGAAACUCAACAAGAAGAGCGCCGAGAGCUCGUCCAAGAAGGAACGCCCUGAAUCUCCUGUUGCUACUCGAGGCAGUAGCCGACAAGGUAGCAAAAAGAAGCAAUAG